UGAGCGCACUGCGAGCUCACUGCGCCACCUACCGGCCCUUUCCGGGACAACACCACUAGACGAGAAAACAGCCUGUCAAAUAGAUGAGCCCGAGCCACAGCAAGCGCCCGCCAGGAGAGCAUCUCCCUCUCGGAGUCGGCUCUCGGUUAGUGCACGAUGGUAGGGAGGAGCGGCCCGCCUUCCCCGAUGGCUGAGUGAGUGAGAAUGCGACUCCCCAGCUCCAUAUUUGUGUCGGUGUCUCUGUUCACAGCCGAGACCACGGCAGCCCUCUACCUCAGCUCCACAUACCGCUCCGACGGCGACCAGAUCUGGCAGGGGCUCACCCUCCUCUUCACCCUGGUAACGUCGGUGCUCGUGCAGCUGACGCUCACCUUCAUUCACCGGGACCUUAGCAGGGACCGACCGCUGGUUCUGCUGCUUCACAUCCUGCAGCUCGGACCCAUCGUGAGGUGUCUGGAGGCGUUCUGUAUCUACGGCAGUGUGGGCCGGGUAGAGGAGCCGUAUGUCAGCAUCACGCGGAAGCGUCAGAUGCCCAGGGGGGGCCAGUCUGAGGAGGUGGAGAGACAGGUUGGGCAGGCAGAGGGCAAGCUGUUCACCCACCGUGCCGCCUUCGCCCGCACCUCUGUCAUCCAGGCCUUCCUGGGCUCCGCCCCCCAGCUCACCCUGCAGCUCUACAUCUGUGUCCUGCAGCAGGGGGUGUCCAUCGGCAGAGGCACCCUCAUGGUGAUCUCCCUGCUGUCCAUCGUAUAUGGUGCCCUGCGCUGCAACAUCCUGGCCAUCAAGAUCAAGUAUGACGACUACGAGGUGGACGUGCGUCCCGCCGCCUACCUCUGCAUCUUCCUGUGGCGCAGCUUCGAGAUCGCCACGCGCGUCACCGUCCUGGUGCUCUUCAGCUCGGUACUGCAGCUCUGGAUCCUCCCCGUGGUGCUGCUCAACUUCUUCCUCUUCUUCCUCUACCCCUGGGUGCUGUUCUGGCAGAGCCACUCGCCCUUCCCGGAGAACAUCGAGAAAACCCUAACCCGGGUGGGCACCACCAUCGUCCUCUGUCUCCUCACGUUCCUCUACGCAGGCAUCAACAUGUUCUGCUGGUCGGCGGUGCAGCUGAAGCUCAACGACCCAGACCUGAUCAACAAGUCUCAGAACUGGUACCGCAUGGCCGUGUACUACAUGCUGAGGUUCGUGGAGAACGCCUCUCUGCUGCUGCUGUGGUACGUCUACAAGACAGACUUCUAUAGGUUCAUCUGUGCUCCGUUAUUAGUGCUGCAGCUGCUGGUGGCCUACACCAUGGCCAUCUUCUUCAUGCUGGUCUUCUAUCAGUUCUGCCACCCCUGUAGGAAGCUCUUCUCCUCCAAUAUGUCCCAGGGCCUGUGGGACUGCUCCGCCCUGCUCUGUCUAGUCUGCUACGCCCCUGACGGGGACGUCGUCCGGCCAAUAGAGAAGUCUGUUCUGGACCCUCUGGCCCCCGACCCCACCCCCCACAAGGAGUCAGCCAAUGACACGUCAUAUGAUGUGGCCAAUGACACAGCAUACACCAUGCCCAAUGACACAAUGACCUAUGACAUGCCCAAUGACACGACUCAUGAAGUGUUGAGCGAGAUGAACGGCGACGUGAGCCACAGUCUGUCCAGCAACGCUUAAAGAGCCGUGAUUGGUUGUGUGUAGGGUAGGGCGGCUCUAAUUGCGAUUUUUGGACCAAAUAUUGCGAUUGUGAUUUGACUUGCGAUAUAGAUACAAAACCCUUGGCUGAACUGUUGGAAUCAUUGAAAUAGAAUGACUUAUAUUAAGAAGCAAAGUGGAAAGUA